CACUCCAACCACACUUUUGCUUCCCAAAAAUACUUGUUCAAAAUGCUUUCUUCUUCUUUUCUCCUUAUUCUCACCAUUUCUUGCACUCUAAACCCUACCUUUUUCGUCAAUGGAGACAUCAAUUUAAUCCAAAAAACCUGCAAAUCCACCAAAUUUUACGAUCUCUGCUUAUCGUCUCUCCAGUCCGACGCAACCAGCCGUGAAGCCGACACUAAAGGCCUCGCAAUUAUCAUGGCGAAACUCGCGUUGGCGAAUGCCACCAGCAUCAACUCCUUCUUGUCGUCUAAUCUACUCGUUAAAAACACGAAUGACGCUUUAAUGAAGAACACGUUGAAGGAAUGCGCCAAUAAGUAUUCUGCUGCGGGCACCGCAUUGCAGGACUCGGUUCAAGAGUUGAGGUCGGAGUUGUAUGAUUACGCGUAUAUGCAUGUCAUGGCGGCCGCGGAUUACCCGAAUGCGUGUCGUAACACGUUCAAGAGGUACCCGAAAUUGGUUUAUCCACCGGAGAUCGCGGCACGAGAGGACGGUUUGAAGCGGAUUUGCGAUGUCCUUAUGGAGAUUAUCGAUGGUCUUGUGUUUUGAUAUUGAUGAAUUGUAUGCUACAACUUUCGCAACAUCGUGUUUGUGUGAUUUGUUUAUCGGGUACAAAUUUUAUGUCGUUGUGCGAUGAUAUUCGGAUUUGUCGAUAAAUUUUGUAUUACUUGCAUCAAAUUAAUCUUUCUAUUUUAAUAUACGUUGGAAUGCU